CAACGGCCGUUAGCAGCCUGUUUUGGAUCAGGCUCUGGAGUGGACGCCCCUAACUGAGGGGCCCUCUGGGCAGUUGGAGACCUACGGAAGAUGGCAGCGAUGGCGGCUGGGCCGGGUGGUUGCCUCGGGCCGGCGUUGGGGCUGCGGUUGCUGUUGGCGGCUGUACUUCAGGCGGUGUCUGCACUCGGAGCAGAGUUUUCAUCGGAAGUUUGCAGAGAGUUAGGCUUCUCCAGCAACUUGCUCUGCAGCUCUUGUGAUCUUCUUGGACAGUUUAACCUGCUUCAGCUGGAUCCUGACUGUAGAGGAUGCUGUCAGGAAGAAGCACAAUUUGAAACAAAAAAGCUUUAUGCGGGUGCUAUCCUUGAAGUUUGUGGAUGAAAAUUGGGGAGGUUCCCUCAAGUCCAAGCUUUUGUCAGGAGUGAUAAACCUAAACUCUUCAGAGGACUACAAAUCAAGUAUGUUCGUGGUUCGGACCCUGUGUUAAAGCUUUUGGACGACAACGGGAACAUUGCUGAAGAACUAAGCAUCCUCAAAUGGAACACAGACAGUGUAGAAGAAUUCCUGAGUGAAAAGUUGGAACGCAUAUAACUCUUAAAUUUUGUCCUAUCCUUUGUUACUUUAGCAAAUGAAAUAUUACAGUACCUAGAGAAUAUUUUAGUUUUGCUUCCUUCAAUCUUUUUCCAUGAGGCAUUAAACAUCUAAUUAACAGUUGAAGUGGCAGCACAGCCCCUGUUACCGAAGGAGUUGACAAGCUUAACAAAGCCCAUUUUCAAUAAAGUUCCAUCCUCCUAUAGUUGUUCAUACCACUAACAAAAUGCUUUGUAAUAGACUUGUGGUUAAUUAGGCAAGUGAUAGUUUAAUAAUUGGUCCAGUUUUACAAACGACCAGUUUUUAAAUCAGGGAGGUUAAUAAGGGAGAGGAUUACUGUGCCUCACACAUGUGCUAUGUGCUCUUUGGAAUUAAUGACAAAACUACAAAUAAUGUAUACUAAGCCUCAACAGAUUGCCUGUUUCUCAGAUUCUUUCAUAUUUUGUAUUACCCAGCUUUCCUUUUAAUAGAAAUGUUAUAGUUUGUAAUGAAUGUUCCAUUAAAACUUUAUGGCUUCCUUAUUGUAAAACAGAUUCAGGAUCUACAGUAAGAAUGAAACAUUCACAAAGAUUUGCAUUAAUGAAGGCUACACAGGAAAUCUUCAUGAGGAUUUGUGUGGAUCUGAUCUUUAGCAAAUUUUUGUGCUUUCCCUUCUUACAGAAGUCAAUUAAAUGAUUUUUUUAAGACCAAAAUAUAAAUAAAGUUUCAAAAAUCAAUGAGAA